AUGCUGCGUUUUGCAUCGAUUGGAACAUUUUUGGUUACUGUGGCUGUUGCAUCAGUGCCCUACUGCCCUGAUGGAACUAUCGCCUACAAAGGUAACUGCCUCCAUUUCAUGACCGCCAAGAAUACCUUCAACAUGACUCAAAUGACUUGCGCCUCCCUCCAUCCAAACGCCACUCUUUUUGGCUUCGAAAACAAAGACGAGCUGAGUGCUCUCAAAAUGUGGAUGCCUCUCCAAGUUCCGAUCUGGGUUAGCAAGGCUCCUGCUGGCAGAAUGCAAAGAAAAUCGGAAAAGCCGGAAACUAAGGGAGUGAAAGGACCGAAAGCGCCAAAAUGCCCAGCCCUCUACAACAGCCAAAAGCGCACCGACUUCCCGAAUCUGACCUGCGCCAAGCAGUACCAAUUCAUUUGCACCCAUCCGGCCCCUCAAUGUAACCAGCAA